CUGUGUUGAAGGCAGUGAGAAGGAAGGAGGGGUGGAGAAGACUCAACUUCUGCCAAUAGAAGGAAGCGCUCCCUUUUUUAUCUCUGACAAAACUCUCGGCCUGUUUACUUCGUCUGUUAUUUUCUCCGCACAGAUGAUCAUCUCUGGACUUUAUCCGCCCAUCUAAUGGGAUUAAAGCGACUCGGUUAUGAAGACGUAGAGAAAGACCGGGACAGUCCGUUAAAAAUUUAAGGGAACCGCUAAACUUUAUCAUCCAGCAGUCUGCGCAAUUUUGGAAUAAAGGAAGGCAACAGCGUGCGGCUCGAAUACUUAAUGUUAAAUUUCAGAAUCAUAUAACCAGGAUUAAAUACAUGUGAAGAUGCGCUGCUUAUCCGCCUGCCACGUUUGAAGACUGUCAAGUGGCUUUAAACAAGGCUUUUUGCGUUGACAACGCAUGAUAUUUGAUGACAAAUACGUGUUUUUAACCUUUUGAAUGCGUGCGUCAAUCUGGAUGACUUUCCCCUGCUUAAAUGUGUUUGAAGUUGUCCAGGAGGAUAAAUGUACCCCGUGAGGGCACAGUGAGAUGGCAUCGGCGGUUUUUGAGGGCACAUCCCUAGUCAACAUGUUUGUGAAGGAUUGUUGGGUUAACGGGAUCCGGAGGCUCAUGAUAAGAGGAGAGGAAGAGCAGUUCUUUGAAAUAAGGACCGAGUGGUCGGACAGAAAUGUUCUGUAUCUGCACAGGAGCUAUUCGGAUCUGGGGAGACUUUUAAAAAGACUUAUCGAGUGUUUCCCCGAAGACAGACGAGAUUUAUCCAAGUCUCCUCUCAUAGAAGGCCUCGUGAAGAUCAAAGAAGCGAGAGACAUUGAGACUAAGCUAAACGAAGUGGAGAGGCUGUUGAAAAUCGCCAUUAAUAUGCCUCGGAAGUUUUCUAGGUCAGAGGUUGUUCUAACAUUCUUUGAGCGUUCACCGCUAGAUCAGGUCCUGAGAAAUGACAACGUCCACAAAAUUCAACCAUGCUUUCAGAGUCCUGUGAACAUUUCAGAGAUCAUGAGGUCUAAUGGGUUUUGCUUGGCGAACACUGAGACCAUUGUGUUUGAUGAGAGCGCUCCGCAGGACAAAGAGAGACCUUCCUCCACUGACUCAGCCCAGCAUUCGUAUGAUGAAGACGGGAGAGAAUCGCUGGAUCCUGUGGAUCAAGACCUAAGUGAUGAUGAUCCAGAAGCUUAUGUCACCAACCUGUCCUACUAUCACUUGGUUCCCUUUGAAACGGACAUCCUGGACUGACUGACAGAGUUCUGCAUUUGCAGAUAUCUUGAGGAGGUGUUGAGCUCCAUGCGGAUAUCCAGAUGCUUAUGCCGCUUGCCAGUGUUUAUUCAUGGCAGGAAGACCAAAUGAAGCGAUCAGCACUAACUUCCUGACUGCCUUUAUCACGAUUGGAUGGCCUGAGACCACCAUGAUACUGUAACUACCCACGUGCCUCAUAGAUGCAGAUGAAAAACAAUAACAUAUAAAACAUAAUGAGAAAGUAAGGAAGAGUAGUGAAAUCUGGGAUGCAUUGGUUGUUUUAAGAGGUGUGACUUUUUUGUGGUCCGAUUCUCAGAAAAAAAAUAAUUUUCCUUCCGCGGAAAGAGUCAUUAAUUUCCCUCUGUGGAAAUGUGUUAUCCUUCUGACAAUCGUGUGACUGUGAUGGAUGUUUUGUUCGGCAGAAAACGAUUAUUGUUAUUGUAAUGAAACUUAUCAGAACUUACAAUGUGGAUUUUAAAAGCCAGAUGCUGGUUUGUUUGUCUGAAAUCAGCACUGCAGUUAUAGCGCAGUUGUCUCUUUUUACAAUAGGAACACAUCCCUAAUGUUGUAGGUUCAUCAAGGACUUCUUAUACUUUUGUAUUCAGACCCUCUUUAUACUUUAAUUUUGGUUACUCCUUUGUUUUAAUUAACAUUUAUUAUGAGGCAGCUGUUGGAUAAGACAUAAUACUGUGACAUAUUAUAAUGCAACUCAAAAAACGCUGAUAUUAAUAAUAACAGCCAUUUCUAGGUGUUGAGGUUUGCAAAAUGUGAUUUUUCGAAGUUUUGAAGAUUAAGCUUGAGUCAUACAGACAUCCAAAGUUUUCUCACUAUGCAACAGCUCCAUCUGAAUGAAGGGGGCGCAGUCCUGAACAAGCCCCCCAAGCUCACCACUGAAACAAACAGCAUCUUUAUUCUAAGAAAACAAGCGUCCAUUUUGCAUAAGCAAGCACAACAUGCCAAUUUUCUUUCUCCAUUUUCUUUACAUGUACCAAAAUAGGUAUUAUCUUGUUUACAAGUGCCUGCCACAGGCGACGAACAUUGCCUGGCACUGAUAAAUAAUGUUUGGUAUCUGCCAUUGAUGUGUGAUAAAUACCAUUGUAGCAGUCAUCUUAUCUAAGAUGAAAAGACAUUUCGUCUGUAUUCGCCAAUGGUUAUUUCUGCGCAAAAGGACUUUGGACUGUAGCUGAACUUUCCUCUUGAAUACAAAGGAUAUGGACGCUCACUUGGCACAAGGUCUACACACACACACACACAUGCACACCCAACACACACUACUUUGUAAUACAGUCAUGUUCAUCCUGCUUGCCCGUCAGAAAGUUCUGCUCUUUAUUCAGUUUACAAAUUUCUGUGCUUUUCUAAUUCUUCUUUCUACAGCAUACAGAUAUAAUGAACAAACACAUGUUUUAAAUUAGAUCAGAUUUGGUUAAUGGAUUGUAUUUAAAAUAUUUAUAUAUUUUUGCAAACUUACAAAUGAAUAGAACAAAUUGAUGCCAUGGUCUGGUAGAAAAAAAUUGUUUUCCUUGUGCAUUGUCAUUGUAAUCACAACCUCACAGUAGUCUUGUCUAGCCGUACAGUAUAACAUUCCUUUGUGACUUCUGGAGUUGCAUAUGAAGGCUCAUAAUUUAUACAAUCUCCCAUUAUUUUCAUCUAAAUGUUGUAUGUUUUAUUUUAGGUUGUCCCUCAUGUUACAGUAGGCACACAUGCAACAAAAGUGCAACAUUUAAAAAGGGCCGGGUGUCAAAAGAGAACAGGAGCACAUCAUGUAGCCUUUUACUAAUAAGUGUAAAUCCUAUAUUUGAUGAAUGAAUAACAUGGAUAAUUUAUACAUAACAUGACAUUAAAGAAUUUUUUUCAAAGUGUU